CCGGGAGAGAGGAUGCGACGUGGCGCGUGUCUCUGCUAAUGCCCCCGCGUGCGCAGACUCCCUUCCAGCGGGAUCCGUCCUCACCUGGAGACACUUGACUCUUAAGACCUUCAGUCUGAUACUGUUGUCUGUGUAGGAGCAGCCAUGGGGAACGCUUCCAUGAAGUCCAAGUGCUGCAAAAGCACAGAAGGCUCUGCUGCUGCUUCCACCAAGGACCAGCUCAAACACCCGACCCGGGACUCGCUCAGGGUCCGAGUGGAGGAACUGGAGCGAGAGGUCAAGAUGAAGGAUGAGGAGCUUGGUGCCAGAGAGCAGCACAUCAAAGCUCUUCAGGAGCAGCUGGACAAACAAACGCAGGUUCUUUCUGAGCUGAGCGAGGAGCUUCACACCAGGAGCAUUACACUCAACAUGCUGCAGGACGCCGUGAAGAGCGAACCUCCAACCGGGCUAGCUUUUCGACCCGCUUCUGUCAGAGCCAGCAGGAAGACCAGCCCCAACCCGAGCGUUCGCACCAAGGAGACCCCUAACAGGAGAAAAGGAGCUAAAGCCGGGGUGUCGGCCGAGCCAACGUCCAGCAGCCCGCAGAAGUUCUCCUUUGAGAAAGCCCGGGUACCAAAGGAUGCAAGUGUGAAGAAGCUGUUGACAGACGCCCUGAACAAGAACCAGUACCUGAAGAGGCUGGAGCUGCAGCAGAUCAAGGAUAUGGUGGAAUGCAUGUACGAGCGCACCUACCAGCAGGGAGAGUGUGUCAUCAAGCAGGGAGAGCCUGGAAACCAUCUGUUCGUCCUGGCAGAAGGGAAGCUGGAGGUGUUUCAGCACAACAAGCUGCUGACAUGGAUAACGGUCUGGACCACCUUUGGAGAGCUAGCUAUUCUGUACAACUGCACGAGGACCGCAUCUGUGCGAGCUGUGAACAAAGUCAAGACAUGGGCUUUGGACCGGGAGGCUUUCCAAAACAUCAUGCGGAGGACAGCAGAGACCCGACAUGAACAGUACCGCAACUUUCUGCGGAGUGUUUCACUCUUGGCCAAUCUGCCAGACGACAAACUCAGCAAAAUAGUGGACUGCCUGGAGGUGGAAUACUACGACAAGGGGGAGUAUAUCAUCCGAGAAGGAGAAGAAGGCAGCACCUUCUACAUCAUCGCACAAGGAAAGGUGAAGGUGACCCAAACCACUGAGGCCCACAAGCUACCACAGAUCAUCAAUGCGCUGCAGAAGGGAGACUACUUUGGAGAGAAGGCCCUGGUCAGCGACGACGUUCGCUCAGCCAACAUCAUCGCUGACGAGAACGGGGUGGAGUGCCUCGUCAUCGACAGAGAAACAUUCGAUCAGACUGUGGGGAACUUCAAUGAACUGCAGAAACACCUCCAAGGUUAUGUGGCGUCACUGGAUCGAGAUGACAAGAAGAGACUGGUCAAGAAGUCAGUGUCACGCCACCAGAGUCAGCCGCUGUCUCCAGGCUUCAUGCAGCUGAAAGACAUGGUCUCGGUCUUUACCUCGUCCCGGCCAUUCCACCACCUGGAAGUUAUUGCCACUCUUGGUGUUGGGGGGUUUGGCCGAGUAGAGCUGGUGAGGGUGAAGGGCGAGGACAUCACCUUUGCACUGAAGAUCAUCAAGAAGAAACACGUUGUGGAAAACAGGCAGGAGGAGCACAUCCACUCCGAGAGGAGGAUCCUGGCCGAGGCGCGCUCACCCUUCGUUGUGAAACUGUAUCGCACCUUCAAAGAUAGCAAAUAUGUAUACAUGCUGCUGGAGGCGUGCCUCGGUGGGGAGGUGUGGAGUCUUCUCAGAGACAGGUCAGAGGACCCCUCCCCCAUUCAGCAAGGAGGCCAACAGAUUGACAGCUGCAUCAAAGUUCUGCUGCUGAUCACUUCCUCCUGUCCUGCCUUCAGGGGGAGCUUUGAUGAGCCCACCGCCAAGUUCUGCAUCGGCUGCGUUACAGAGGCUUUCGAGUACCUCCAUCGCAAAGGGGUCCUGUACAGAGACCUGAAGCCUGAAAACCUCCUGCUGGAUAUGGAAGGAUACGUCAAACUGGUUGAUUUUGGUUUUGCCAAGAAAAUAAGAUCUGGCCAGAAGACAUGGACCUUCUGUGGCACACCAGAGUAUGUGGCUCCAGAGAUCAUCCUCAACAAAGGCCACAACUUCAGUGUAGACUUCUGGGCUCUGGGAAUCCUGGUCUUUGAGCUUUUAACAGGCAGCCCCCCAUUUUCUGGCAGUGACCAGAUGACAAUCUAUACAUUCACCCUAAAAGGCAUUGAGAAGAUGGACUUCCCUAAAAAGAUUUCCAAAAGACCAGAGGACCUCAUACGCAAACUAUGCAGGCGGAAUCCAUCAGAGCGACUGGGAAACCUGAAAAAUGGAAUAACUGACAUCAAGAAACACAGGUGGUUUAAUGGUUUCAAUUGGGAGGGGCUGAAAGCGAGGACGUUGGCCUCCCCGCUAAAAAGAGAACUCAAGGGACCGAUGGAUCACAGUUACUUUGACAGCUACCCCCCAGAUGAAGACAGCCCCCCAGAUGAGCUGUCCGGCUGGGACGAGGACUUCUGACAGCAUCUACUUCAUCUCUUUGCUGUUUUCCUCACAGCUUAGACUCUGAAGAGAAAAUCCUGAUGAUGGAGCAGUUUAUUUACUAAUUGCACCACAAGUUCUGGAUUUAUUCUUUUUUCUACAUUGAAAGUAAUUCUAUUUUUAAAGUAAACUCUGGUCUCACACUCAGAUCAGUCUCAGAUCUACAUUUAGCUACUUAGUAACUCCACUGGAACAGUUUGGAUUAAGUGCCUUGCUGAAGGGCUCCACAGUGGAACAACAAGGCAGAGCAUAUGUCACACACAGG